AUGACAUCCACGCAGCAAAAACAGGUGGAUGUGACGGAGUUGGAUUUGAAACAGCUGCUUGAUGUGCGCAAGCAAUUGGAGCUGGAAAUCAAGCAAUUCACAGUCAUGUUUGGGCAAUUAAGAGUCGCCCAGACGCGGUUCCAGAGUUGCUUGGAGAGCGUCGGGGAGAUCUCGCCCGCCAGCUUGGCGUCCCUCUAUGUUCCUGGGCGGCUCAGUGACCCCGACACGGUGAUUGUUGAUAUCGGUACGGGCUACUACGUGGAAAAGUCGCGUGCGGAUGCACAGAAAUUGUACAAGGAAAAGGUGGCCUAUGUUACCAAGAACAUGGAACAAUUGCAGGACAAUAUUCACAAGAAACAAGAUAAUAUGCGCGUCGUUGGCGAGGUGAUGCAAGUGAAACUCGCACAGCAGCAAAAGAGUGAAGCGCAAGCGAGCUCGUAG